AUGUCGCCGACAUUACCCCAAUACCCUGCCGACGGCAAUCCCGCCGACUACGGUGACUUCGCAGACUCCGACGGCGACGUUGAUAUUGAUGUGUACGCUGAACGCCAAUGGGACUACAAGUUCUAUCCUAUCCGCAUUGGUGAAGUGCUCAACCAAGCAUACCGGAUAGACCACAAGCUCGGGCAUGGCGGCUUCUCUACCGUCUGGAUGGCCCAUGACCUCAAAAAUAAGAAGGAUGUCGCUCUCAAGAUCGUGGCUACCGAAGCUUGGGGAGAACACGAUUACAGCAUACAGGAAGAGAUCAAACGAGCUGUGAAGGACACCUCUCACCUUGUUAUACAUACGGCAACCUUUUUCCUUCGCGGCAAAGACUGCAAUCAUCGCGUCCUCGUGUUUCCUUUGCGCGGUCCAACUCUCGGCUCCCCUGUCGGUAGAAGGACACCUAUGCGCUCUCGGAUGUCCGCUGCAAAACAGUUACUGGAAGCUCUGGCAAACCUGCAUGAAGGCGGAAUUGUACACCGUGACAUAAAUAACCAUAAUGUCAUGUGGGGUAUAUCUCCUACGGAAAAUCUCGAUAGAGAGGCCAAAUACAAAACCCUGGGUCGUCCUCUGAAGGUAGCCAUACCCGAUGAACCGUGGAAGCCAGGGGAGGUCGUUAAGCCCAUGGUUAUCCCAGCCAGUAUGCGAACAGAGACUUUCUAUCUUGGUGAUUUUAGCCUAGCCAUGAGAGUUGGCACUCCUGUCACUCAAACGGGUAGCCCACCUAUCCAUUAUUGCUCGCCUGAGCGACUUCAUGGCCACGAACCCAGCCUUGCUUGUGACAUGUGGAGCUACAUGGUCAUAUUUACAGAGUUAUAUAGUGGAUUUAAGCCUUUCUAUGACGUGGCGAAAGGGGGGUUGGUGACCGAUAUAGUUCAACGCAUAGGUCCUCUUCCUGCGGAGUGGAAGGGUCAUUACUGUGAUCCUACGGAAGCCCUCGAUUCGUGGUACAACCAAGACUGCACUCCUGACCCCAAAGAUAGCCUUAAAGAUGUGAUUAUACGCAAACGUUCCGACGCUGCUCCCGAGGAGCGUCGGCAUGCAUUAUCUAUCUUGUCGAGAGGAUUCUGUGUAAUCCCGGAGAAACGCCUGACAGCAAGACAACUUCUGCAGGACCCUUCAUUUCAAGCAAUUAUCGACCUACAUUGCAACUAA